UCAGUUAUUUAUCAUAAUCAUACAUAAUGCAUUACGGAUUGAGUACUAUUCCACUCUUCCAUUUCCCCGUGUAUGCAACAAUAAUUCAUCAUAGCAAAAUGUUUUUCCUGGCUAAAAUACAAUAAAAAACUAAAUAUGAACAAAAAGGACCUUGCCCCAGUGGGAAGUCCAGUGGUUUUCUUUAAACGGGGCGAUCGGAACUAUACACUUGGAAAGAUUACAGGGUAUAGAACCAAUAAUGUGCAUGGCGUUGAAGCAAUUUGUGAGAAAUCUAAUCCGGGAGUGGGUGGAUGGUUAUUAAAAACUUUAACUGGAACAACACAAAAAAUAAGUGUCCCUCUCGAUGGAAUUUAUUAUCUUAAAGAUGUCAAAAUUGUACCCCAACCUACUCCAUCAAGAGUAACUACCUCAAAACCUUGUAACGAUGAGGCGAUCCGUGUACGAAGCCGACGUCGGGACCUUAAACUCUUUGCCGUACCCUUGGAAGAAAUAAAGCCUAAAGACGUAGUAGUGUGGAAUCCAGAUAAGACUGAAAACCCACAAGAUUCCUACUUGGGACAGAUUGAGCAAACAUUUGUGCAUCUAGAUGUAAUUAAUGUUGCCACUCAUUAUGCUCAAGUUAAAAUUUGGGAUGGAAUGGAGUGUUUGCUGAGAAGAAACGAUCUGAGCCCAAAAUUUGAAUCGAAAAACGGGACCUUGGAGUGCAGGGUGUGGGCGAUGACGACAGAGUUGAUGCUGGUGGGGGAUGCCGUCGAGGCGGCGUGCGCUGGAAGUGGGGAUGUCGGAGAAGAGGGUGAAAAUACAUGUAACCAGUUUAUGGACAAUAAAGCGGAGGUUGCAGAAGAAGCGAAGGAACAACACGUUGUCACAAUUAAACCAGAUAAUUCAGCAUUCACGGACGACAAUCUGGUCCAACUAAAUAAAGAUGCUUCUGUGGAGUUCAUGGAGACUGACUUGGACGAAGAAAACAAUAACGCAAUGUCGGACCUGCAGCCAUUUGUUAUUCAAAAUCUUGCCAAGGCAAGAUCUAAGGGCAAACAUGGGAUACAAGGAAAGUCAAAUUCUUGUUAUAUUGACUCUUGUCUCUUCGUCAUGUUCUCUUUUACCGAAUUAUUUGACUCUGCCCUCUUCAAACCCAACGUCCAACAAGAAGGCAGAAUUCCGCAGAAGAUUAGAAAAUCACUAAUUAGCAUUGCGAGCAAGUUGAGAUCCGAGUUUUACGUACAUUGGAAAGAGAUCGCAGAGCUACGAAGUGCACUAGGUGACAUCAACGGACGAUAUGAUGCGGGAUGCUUUAUGGAUGCGGAGGAACUACUUCUCGACAUUUUUGACUGCUUAACUUGUCCCGACUUUUUCGAAUUUUCAAACCAAGCCACUGAUCGAAUUCAUCAGAUCGUGGUUCCGUGUGCAGAAAGUGUCAAGUUGAAUGAAGAAAUAAUAAUGAUGAAGGACACAGAUUCCCUUUUCAAAGACAGUUUAUGGUAUUGCGAAGUGGAGUUAGUGAGAAGACCGGAACCAGUGUUAAUUUUGAAGAUGCCGUUCUGCGAUGGAAAACCAUUAUUUGGGUGUCGAGCUGUGGUCCCCGGGUUGAAGUUACAAUUGGGACUAAAAGAUAAAGCCAAAAAUCAGCAGAGCAUGGAUUUAUUCGCCAUCAUUUGCCUCAAGUCGAGUCACUACGUAUCAUUUGCUAAAGUGGGAAGGGAAGCUUCUCCGUGGGUGUACUUCGACUCCAGUCCUAUGGAUAUGCAGCCGAAGGUUGAAGUUUUUGAUAAUUUGGACUCUGACCUCAUAAAAGUGUCCCAUGAUCAUACAGUUUUGCAGAAAAAUUCAGGAAACACGUUAGAAUAUCGGGAACACGUGAAACUAAUUUGUGGAUAUUGUUACAUGUGUUUUUACAAAUAGUUUUGAUUUAUUUAGAAGAACGUUGCUUAAUAGUUAAUACAAAAAUUAUGAAAUUCAGCAAUUGAGUUAUUGUACAAUAAAAAAUCGCACGCUGCACGCAAAA